AUGGUGCUGCUGGUGGCAUUGACCACGUGCGUCGUUCGAGGCGACGAUGGAUUCUUGACAGAGCCGCCAGAUUACAUCAAGGAGUGUAGGAUAGCCGAGAAGGACUUUGUGAACUGCUCCACCCACAGCAUUCAGCAACUGUUCGAUAAGCUCAACGACGGCAUUCCCGGACUGACCAGCAUCAAGAGCUUCGACCCCUUCUAUCUCAACCGCAUCCGAAUCACCCAGGGCAACAGCAACGCGAUCAACCUCAAGGUGGAGCUGGCCAACGUGAAGAUCAUCGGGUUUGGGCACACGAACGUCCUGGAGAGUCAGGUCUUCAAGAAGGACUACAGUUGGAAGACCACGUUCACGCUGCCCGAGAUGAAGCUGCAGGCCGACUACAGCCUGUUCGGGCGCAUCCUGCUCAUCCCCCUGAACGGGAAGGGGCAGGUGUUCCUGGACGCGGAGAACAUGACGGUGACCAUGCACACGAAGACGCGGCUCUACUCCAAGGGCGGGUUUACCUUCUACAACGUGACCGGCCUGCACGUGGACUUCAAGAUGGACGGUCUGAAGUCCUACUUCUCCAACCUGUUUAACGGCAAUAAGCAACUCGAGGACAGCACCAACAAGUUCUUCAAUGACAACUGGCGCAUGCUGGCGGAUGCACUGUACUCGGUCAUCACCCAGACCAUCGAGGACAUUCUCCUGGACGUGCUGAAGAAGAUAUUCCACUUCAUUCCAGCCAACUUCUUCGUGAGCGACAUCCCGACGCCGGAGCAGCUGUACGGGCGGGCCAAGCCAAGGCCAAAGUGA